AUGCCUCAAUCCAUGGGCCAUGUUGCCUACCCCACGCACUGGUUCGCUAAGGCUGGGUACAGUUAUAUUCGGGAUGCUAUGCACACCAUCUGCGGAGACGGUUAUCAAGACCUUUCCAUGGAAAACCGGCGACAAUGCCUUAUGACCGAGGGCUCGAAACGCUGUGCUUUUCGACAAAUUCAAUCGAUGAUAAACACGCUGUCCCCGGUCGCGGUUCUGCCUCGCGAAGUUCUGGAACACGUUUUCCUCCAUUAUAUUGCCGACGCAGUGAACGUUACAAUCUUACCGAUCUUGGCCAAUUCUAUCCUUGCUGUAGAGGACGUGGAGAUGCGCGCUCGCCAAGCUCGUGCGGCCGUUACACUCUCUGGAGUAUGUCGAUACUGGCGCGACAUCGCCCUCGACUAUUCCAUUUUCUGGACGAAUGUGGUAAUAAAUGCAUAUCCUAUGUGGGUAGAACUCCAGGUCGAGCGCACAAAGCAAGCACCCUUCACUCUCACAUUGACAAAUUACUUUGAAGAAGAUCGCUUUCUCUAUCAGAGAAUGAUUGGCGGGGUGUUGCGCAAGAUUCUCUCCAAAGAAAUGUCGCGGAUCCGAGGUAUCUAUAUUGGUAUCCGGGUAUAUGAAGACAUCCAUGCUGUUCUUAAUUCACCUGCGCCCCUCCUUGAAUCUAUGGCAUUCAUGUCUGGGCACGACAGAGAUCUCCCCCUGCCUGACAUAUUUUGUCCCAAAUAUGCCACACACUUGAAUCGACUUCAAUUACAACGUUGCACCCUGGCUUGGACCAAGAUAACAUCCAAUUCAUUACGGCAUCUAGAGAUACGCAGUCCUCUAGGCCUCUCUUGUAUCGAUCUACUCUCCGUACUGGAGGGUCUGCCGUUGCUGGAAUCAUUAAACCUAUAUCAUGCUACCCAGCGCGAUCAUGAAGAGGAUGCGCCAGCUCAGCAAGUGGAACUGUUGUCGCUCAAAUGUUUGCUCAUCAAGGCUGGUGACGCAUUAGAGUGCACAAGGUUUCUGCGGAGGAUCAUUGUUCCUAGGCUGUCCGUUCUGUGCAUGCAUGCCUCCGACGGCGAUUUAGUAACUCUAGCUUCCUUAUUGACUACGAAACUUCCAGCAGAUGCAAGUCUCGAUAUCGUCCAACAUAGCGCAUAUCUAUACGUGGCCUAUGGGCUCGAUUCGCCGACAUUCAUGAAAGCUGCUAUUGGAAUGAAUGAAGACGCGGCCGUAUGUGCAUGGAUGAAAACUAUGGCCUCUUUGGAAGGAGGCUUUGUGGGUGUCAAAAGGCGGUAUGAUAGGAUCAGAUGGGUCGCGCUUGACGCACAACAGUUGUUGCAUCCGAAGGUAAUCACUCAACUUCGCGUGUAUUCGUACAAAGACCUCGACCGUCUUCUCAGCACACUCGCCCACUAUCCCACCUGCAUCCCGUCGCUUCGCAUCCUGGAACUCAACUACUCUCACUGCUCAUUUGAUUCAUGGAUGCCCCUCAUUCUCAACAAAGUAAACAUCAUUGAGUCCCUAAAACGGUGCAUAGCAAAGCGAACGAAGACGUUGGAAGAACUUCGACUCGUCGGGUGCUCGUUUUUGACUAUGUGCGACAUCGAUGACAUGAAGCGACUGGUCAAAUCAGUCCGAGUUGUGCAGUAG